AGCCACACAGAUAUUUAUUUGGAUAACAAAAUAUUGAUUACCAAUGUUGUUGUUCCUCCUCCCAAUCUGAUGGAUGGAUGAGUGAGUGUUAAAAUAAUUUAUAUCCAUAGCACAAUGUUGCAGUCCAAGUGCCACCACCUUCCCAUACCACUCUUACUAACACACAACCAUAACCAUCUCUUUAAACCCUCUCUUCUCCCUUUUCUCCAUACAACAAAACCCACUUCUUCUUUUUCAAUUUCAGUCAUUCCUUCUCUUUCAACAUCAUCAUCAUCACUCACAGAUGGACCCAUUGAAAUCCCAUAUGAUUCUACUCCUUCUCUUCUCUCUUCCACUGACGACCCUUCUUUCAUCCAAAUCGCUGCCAGUCUUCUCCUCACCGGUGCUAUCUCCGUCCUCCUCUUCCGCUCCUUCCGCCGCAGGGCUAAACGUCUCAAACAAACGCAAUUCAGGUCUUCUGGAGAGAAGUCAGUAAAGGAAGAAGCAUUGGAGACUUUGAAAGCUAUGGGGACUGCUUCAAUAGAGACUACUAAAGGUCCACCUUCACCUGUUCAAACAUUUCUCGGGGCAAUAUCAGCUGGUGUUAUUUCUCUUAUUUUGUAUAAGUUCGCCACCAUCAUCGAGGCGGGUCUGAGCCGACAAACAAUUUCAGAUGAUUUCUCUGCCCGCCAGAUAACAAUCACCGUAAGGACGAUAAUAAACGGCUUGACCUACCUUGCUACAUUUAUUUUUGGCCUGAACUCCCUUGGUCUAUUACUUUAUUCUGGCCAACUUGCCCUCAAAUCUUUUACAGGAGAUUCAAUUGAAAAGGAAACUGAAAACAAAAGCGCUGAUCAGUCUAGUUUAUCAAAUUUAUCCGUUGAGACUCGCAUAAAUGACGCUGAAUUGAGCGGCAGGAAUGAAGAACAAAGUUCCAAUGAUGCACAGUAGUACUACUGGAAGUAUAGCGAAGUUGAAGUUGAGGAAUAGGUUAGCAAAUCUUGUCUACUUGUGGAAUUCAUAUAAUAUCCGUUUGAAUUAACUUCACAAGAACUACUUCUGAAAAAAGAAAUAUUCAAAAAAUCUUAUAUUAACCGAGUUUUUUUAUAACAGCUUCUCAUAAGUUGAAGUUAACUUUUGCAUUCAAUUUUUUCAUAUACUUUCAUUUAACUUUUCUUCAAAUAUCUAUACAGUGUUGUCAAUCACGUAUAGCAGAAAAUAGUGGUUUGUUUGAAAUUCGUUAUGCUUCCGUGCUUUAGCAGUUUAGCCGCGAUUUGACAUCACUUUGUAAUAAAUUGUGGAUUGCACAACGAUAGCGGUUUAUUCAAAUUUUGCUAUGCUAUAAUGCUAAAGCUCUGCUUAGCCACUGUUUGACAGACAA